ACCGGAAAUUUCACGGUGUUUCUAAAUAGUACACGCUGUCAUUGUUAAUUUGCCAAAAGAUCAAUGAUUUUUAUCAUACCAAAAUGCAGUUAACUAUCACAACUCUUACAGACCAGAUUUUUACCCUUGAAGUAUCAGAGGACCUAGAACUUGAAAACUUUAAGGCCCUGUGUGAGUUUGAAACUGGAAUUCCCUCUCAUGAAAUUGCAAUUCUUUGGAAUGGACGGCCGCUUCAGGACAAUAAAAAAACAUUACAACAGUAUGGAAUAUCAAGUGGAGAGAUGUUACUUUUACAGCAAAUGAGAGCUGGCGCUGGAUCAACUGGUGGUCCGAGAACAACAGCAAGCUCUGCAUUACCACAGAUAGAUUUUGGCAGCAUUCAAAUACCUGGUUCAAGUGGACAUCAAGGUACAAGACAACAACAGCCUGCUAUCUCGCAAUCAGAUCCCCGAUUAGAAGACCCAGAAACCAUUCGUCAAAUGUUGUUAUCAAAUCCACAUGAAGCCUCCAUAAUUAAAGAAAGAAACCCUCCAUUAGCUGAAGCUAUCAAUGAUGCGGCAAAAUUUGCAGAUGUUUUUCGUAAACAACAGAAAGAUCGGCAAGAUAAAGAUCAAGAAAGAAUUAGAUUAUUACAGUCCAAUCCUUUCGAUCCUGAGGCACAAAAAAUGAUAGCUGAAGAAAUUAGGUUAAAGAAUGUAGAAUCCAACAUGGAAACAGCAAUGGAGUUUGCUCCAGAAAGUUUUGGUCAAGUUAUUAUGUUAUAUAUAGAUUGUCAAGUCAAUGGUCAUCCAGUUAAAGCCUUUGUAGAUUCAGGUGCUCAGAUGACGAUAAUGAGUCAAGCGUGUGCUGAGAGAUGUAAUAUAAUGAGAUUAGUAGAUAGAAGAUGGGCAGGUGUUGCUAAAGGUGUGGGAACACAGAGAAUUAUAGGCAGAGUACAUCUAUGUCAAAUUCAGAUAGGUCCUGAUUUUUUACAGUCCGCUUUUUCUAUAUUAGAAGAUCAACCAAUGGAUAUGUUAUUAGGUUUAGAUAUGUUACGUAGACAUCAGUGUAUAAUAGAUAUGGCUAAAAAUGAAUUACAAAUAGGAACAACAGGAACAGUAACUAAGUUUUUAUCGGAAUCAGAAGUACCAGAACAUGCCAGAUUAAAUUCUGCAGGUGAAAGUAGAACAUCAUUAGAUGAUGAAGAUAGUCAAUUAGCUCAAGCUUUAGCCAAAUCAUCAGAAGAGGCAGCAAACAAUAAACCAUCAACCUCCAAAUCAUCCAAAUCUCCAUCAACGUCUUUUCCGACAUUCCCAGAAGAAGUUGUAAAACGCCUCAUUUCCUUUAAUUACUCUCGGGAAGCUGUUUUAGAAGAGUUGCGUAGAAGUAAUGGAGAUGCAGACAAAGCUUUAGCAUCCCUUGUAGCCAAAUCCUUUCAGCAACCCAAACAAUGACAUUAGUAGUUCUAAUACAUAAUUUGAUACAAAAACAUUGAUUAGGCAGUUAAUUCUGUUAGCACAAACUACUUUCAUUUUUGGUGGAUUUAUUUAGUUUAAAACAGAUGUAAUGUCUUAUUUAAUAUCACUUCUGAUUUCAUUUGAGCAUUUGUAUUCCUACAAUAUUAAUUUUUAUGGUAACAUGAAUGUAGGAUCAAAGGGCGUCCACGCUAGAGAUAAAGGGAUAUAAUUUAUAGGUGAGGUGGUCCCACGUGACCUCAUUGUACAUUCAUUGAGAACUGGUGUGUUGACAAACGUAGUUUUUGUCGUUAAUAUGGAAUUUAAUCCCGAUAUGGUUCUCUUACCAUCAAUAAGGUCACGUGGAACCAAGGUUUUACCAGUGAAGUAUCGUGGGAAUUUCUUCAGCGAGGAUGCCCAUUAUGGGUUUGAGAUGUGCUAUAAAAUUUAAGACUACAGGUUGUGAACAAACAUUAACUGUGGUCUAGUCAUGUCUCAUUUACUUCUGAUCAGAAUGGAUGGAUGGAUGGAUGAAUAAUUGAUUCAAUGGGUUGGAGAAUGUAUAAAAUUUGUAAUGUAGAUCAAUGCGGCUUUAGUAAUUGUAAAUCUCAACACCAAUGCAUUUACUUUUCAUGUAUAUUAUAAGUCGUGACAAACGAACAUAUCCCAAACUAAAAGUACUACUUUAAGCAAUCUGAUCAAAACACAGAUCCUAUUUCAUUCGUUUUUAAUAGUUCAAAAUUUCGAUUUACUUGUCUUCACUACACUAGAAUCUUGAAGAGUUGUUAUAUUACCGGCGUUUUGGUUGAAGUGAGGGAUUAGCCAAUGAAACGCUCUGUUACGGCGACCUCUUGGCGUGCCAUGCAUGGAACUGUGUGUAAACCACUAGAAACCUCAACGCUGAUUGAUUAAUCAAUGUAUGAUGUCAUAGGGUCAAAAGCCGCUUGUACGACCCCUGACACGACCUUUCGGUACAACUUGUCAGAUCUUCAUGUAGUGUGGGCCAUCAAAAGUAUAAAAAAACGAAACAAAGUAGAGAUCUGUAUUUUAAUAAGAUAUUAAUUUAAGAUAAAACAUCUCAACUUAAAGGAGCUGUCACAGAUAUAAUUUAGUCAAUCAGUUGGGUCAAUUCUGUGUAAAGGACACUUAGAAUCUUUUAUCAUAAUCCUGCAUAAUUAUCUGAACUCUGUCGUAUUUUCAGUUUCCAUGUGUGGUUGGCAAUAAGUCCCCAAAUGAUGCGCUAUCUCAAAGUAGGUGAUCAUUGCGACUAUCUCAUCACUCAUAAAAUUGAACUAUGGAAUUCCUUAAAUUAAUUACGUAACUCUGUUCACUUCUGAAACCCUUGAACUAUUUGUACUGUAUCUUCUGAUGCCUACAUUUGAUUUAUAUACUUUGUCCAAAAUAUCUGGGACUACAGCCAAUCGCAUUAUCACAUUUAAAUAUUUCCUGAAGUAUUUCUGUUAGUUAUUUUGAAAUACGACCCAGAACUAGAAAUCAGCAUGUUUUCUUCUUUUCUAUUUAUUAUAUAAAAUAUUUUUAUUCAGUCAAAUUAUUACAAUGAUAUUAUAUAAUGAAACAAUUGUAAGGCCACCCAAAACCAUAUUCUAUUUCUCAGACAAUGUACAAGUAUUUAUAUUUAUGCUUUCAUUUCAUACAGUCCUUCAUGUUUAUAAAAUUGUGCGGGAGCCAUAUAAAGCUCCUGAUACCUUGAAUAUAUGCAUUUUAAAAGUAAAAAAAACUGAAAGUAGUUUAUUAAUCUCAAUAUUUAGGAGAGCGAUUUAGCUAAUUUGCAGGAGUCUUUAAUGACUCCUUCGAAGGAAAGCCGACGUGCGUCGAGAGGAGCAGGAGCGAAAGCUCCCCUUAAACGUGAAGGACUGUUUCAUAGUAUUAUUAUUAUCAUGUAUUUUCACUUAAAGUUGCCUUUUAGAAAUUUGACUUAUUAAUGUUAGUGUUCUCAAUUAUAUCAAAUAGUUUCCCUGUAUCAAUCACAGACAACCACAAAUAAUAGUUUAGCAUUUAUAUCUUUUUACAUUUAUUGUCGCAUUUUUAAAACCAAGUUGUCUUCCAUGUUGGUCUACCUUUAAUUCUAAUUAAAGGUAUAUUCCUUUAGGAUAAUUAGGUCAUCUUGGCCCCACUAUCCGACAGAUUUAAAAAUUUAUUUUCAAUAUCGAUUUGGGCAUUUAACCAAAUAAUUGACUGGUAUGGAGUCAAAACACCAAGGUAGAUCUGUUUCAUUAAUCAUAUGACUGAUUAAAGAGAGUCUAAGCCCUCAAAGGGCAAUUUGAAACAGUUUUCGGAAGACUAUUAACUCCAAAGAACAAUUGUGAUUUAAAUGUGAUGAAAAAUCAUAUUAUGUUUAAUCGAAUAUUCAUAAUGACAAAACGAAAAUGUGUGGUGUUUUUAAUUAUUUCUGUUGAUUGUUUUCCUUAUUUAGAUUCCAAAUCAAAUUUGGAUAUAUCAUCUAAUGGAAUAUCUGGAGGGAAGAUAUCUUUGAAGACUUGGGUUGUGAAAUACUGGGUUACCAUGGAGACGAUCCUACCUGUUUUAGCCCAAGUUGUUAUAACAAAUUGCUGUUCAUCUUUAUAAUUGUUAAGAAUUACCCUUUCCUGCAUCAAACCCUUUUCAAUAAAAAAUAACUUUUAAUUGGUUUCAAACUACAAUGCUUGUAUGGAUAGAUUGUCUUGGAAGCUAUUCUUAUUUAAAUGUGUGUCGGGGCAGGGCGAAUCCAUUCUAUUUAGAUCAUUAGGUCUGACAUUGGUUUCGAUCCCCAAGCUUGUGCGUGACAAGGAAUAGGGUUGUCUGUCCAACCUCAUGGUUUUUUUUCAUACACCCCCCCCCCCCCACUGCUAAAGGACCUUACAUGCUAGCCAAUUAUUGAAAUAAAAGUGUACGAUAUGUUGGUCCCAAAAUGACCUUCAUUGUAUCAUGUGAACAUUAAACCCCAUUAAGAAAGAAAGCCUUAUUUUAGUUAUUGGGUGUCAUUAUAUAAAUUUGAAACAAACAGGUGUAGAGAAGUCUGUGGUAAAUAAGAUUGCUCUCUGGGUAACUCCACUAACAUUUAUUUAUUUUAGAAAAAUUAUAUAUCAGUGAACAAUACCUCUUGGAAAACAGAUACUAAUACAUGUAUUAUUGGACGACCUUUUGAAGAGCUUUCUCAAAAUAUUAUCACCGGUACCCAAGUAUAUAAGUACCGGUAUCUGUUUUUCAUAAGAUUCAAUCCAGUUAUUUUAAUGCAUCUGAAAGAUUAUCAAGUCUUGCUAGUAUGGUGUUACUGGAUGCUUCUCCAAUUUGUUUUUUAAAAAUUAAACCUAAACAUAGGUAUCAGACUAGUAAUAUAAGCCUGUCCCAGCGAGCCUGUUUUGUUCAAACUGAUGACCUUUUAUUUGUACACAAUUGAUUGGUUUCUUUUUAUUUUAAAACAAAUGAAAUAAAGAAAUUAUUUUUUGAAA